GCUGAAGAAAAAAUUGUAAAUGUAAUUCCAAAAUAUUCAGAUCCAAUUGACAAGGAUAUUAAAAUAUUAUUAGAUAAAUAUAGUUAUGCUCUUGAAAAAGCAACAAAAAAAUUUGAUACACCAAUAAAUCUUAUUCAUGAUAGCAAUACAUCGGAAUAUGAAUAUCAUGAUUGGAUAAUUAAUCAAUUGUGGCAAGAUGUUUUUCUGGAUGUGAAUGGGGUGAAGUUGAGAAUGCAAGUUGAAAAAUUCAGAAAGAUUCAGAAAGACCUUCAGGACAACACAGAUCCAUUGGUUGGUUCCAUGAUGUGA